UAUUAGCUAUUAAGCUACCAAGAACAAAGAAAGGGAGAUAAUAAAAAUUUACUCCUAAAUUAUAUUCUUUAGAAAAAAAAUGCAAAAACCUAUAUUGCAUAAAUCUUUACAGCAACUAAUGCAAGAAGAAACAUUAAAAGAUCAAAAUGCUGUUGCAGCCAUUGUUGCUGAUUCAAUCACCUUAGAGUCCAAAACAUCAGUAGAUCAUUUUUCUAUCUCCAUUAUCAAUGAGAGUAGCAGGAGUACUAGAAUUAAUCCUUUGGAAGAACAUGAUUAUGAAGAUAAUACAAUUAUUAACAGUAAUAAUAAUAAAAAUUAUAACGUAAGUUUUUCAUCAGAAAGAAAGGUUGAAGAAGAGGAAGGAGAGAAAAAGGAAGAAAUUCAUCCAAUAGAAGCAUGGCUUCCUAUCACAGAAUCAAGAAAGGGAAACUUAUAUUUCUGCAUCUUUCAUUUGCUUUCUUCUGGGCUUGGAAUUCAGUCACUUGCUCUUCCUCUGGCUUUUACAACUCUUGGCUGGUUUUGGGGAAUCACAUGGUUUUCAAUGGCAUUCAUAUGGCAACUCUACACCAUUUGGCUUCUUACUCAACUCCAUGAAUCCUCCACUGGCUAUCGCUGCAGCCGAUACCUCCAACUAGCCAUGGCAGCAUUUGGUCCUAAGCUUGGGAAAUUGCUAGCUCUCUUUCCAGUAAUGUACUUGUCUGGAGGAACCUGUGUAACACUUCUGAUAGCUGGUGGUGGGACAAUGCAACAUCUAUACCAUAUACUGUGUCAAAAUGGUGAUAUUUGCCAUCCAAACUCACCAACUACUAUAGAAUGGUACUUGGUUUUUGUAUGCUUAGCCAUUGCUAUAGCACAGCUCCCUAACUUGAAUUCAGUGGCUUGGGUAUCACUAAUUAGCGCGAUCACAGCCAUGGUUUACUGCACUCUUAUCUGGAUUUUAUCCAUCAGCAAUGAUGGACAUACUGGAUAUACAUACCGCCACCCUGCUAAGGGGUUGGAACUUGAGAUGAGAUCAUUCAAGGAUGUUCUAUUGGCAAUUGGGGUAGUUGCUUUUUCUUUCAGAGGUCAUAACCUUGUGCUUGAGAUUCAGGGAACUCUACCAGCAAACACAAAAGAUCCAACCAACAAAAGAAUGUGGAAAGGAGUAAAAAUUUCAUAUGCACUAAUAGCAAUAUGUUUGCUUCCCCUAGCAAUUAGUAGGUACUCGGCCUAUGGGAACUUGAUAUCAAAUGCAGGGAAGUGGAAUACAAAAUUCCAUGGGAAACAUGGCUCAGACUUGAAGCUAGCCAUAAUAUACUUCUUUCUCAUCAUAAACAGUCUAUGUUCAUUUCAAGUUUAUGCAAUGCUAGUUUUCGACAAUUUUGAGCUGCGGUACGUGACAAUCAAGAAGAAGCCCUGCACCUGGUGGCUAAGAGCAGGGUUAAGAAUAUUUUUCGGGGCAUUGGUAUUCUUCAUAGCAGUCGCGGCUCCAUUUUUGCCCCUACUAGCGCCUCUAAUCGGAGGGAUUGCUUUACCAGUUACCUUUGCUUACCCAUGUUUUAUGUGGAUCUCUAUUAAGAAACCCUGUAAAUUUGGUGCAAUGUGGUUUCUUAACUUGGUUCUUGGUAGCUUAGGCAUUCUGCUUAGUGUUUUGUUAAUCAUCGCAGCUAUUUCCAAUCUUGUAACCAAGGGUCUAUCUACCAAUUUCUUCCAUCCUAAACCAUAGUUGAUUUUGUAACAUUUUACUUUGAUGGAAAUAUACAUGAGAGUAAUAAUAUGCUCUCGGAAGCACAAUGAGAACUGUGCUCCUACAAUACAAAAUA